UGAGCUUAAGCCCCGGGUCUCUUGGAGGACACGGAGGUGUCCUUCUAUGGUCUCUGCUCCCCUUUACUCCUCCUCCCCCAGACCACUUUGACUCUUUCCUCUUUCUAGUCCUCAUCUUCCUUCCCCUCCUCCUUCCUCUUCUACUACUCCCAUCUCUUCCCUCUCCGAAGUGAAAAUCGAAGUUUCCAACAUGACCAAUAUCUCUAACUCCUCGGACUGCAAGAUACGACUAUGGCUACCUCCUGGCGAAAGUCCAGCCAUAAGCGCUGUAAUGUUCUCUGCGGGAGUAUUGGGCAACCUCCUAGCCCUAGUACUGCUGAUGCGCCGCUGGAGGAGUGACCGGGACGCUUCCGAGUACCGCUGUAGGACCCCCAUUUCCCUAUUCCACUUACUAGUAACCGAGUUAGUGUUCACGGAUCUUCUGGGGACUUGCCUCAUCAGUCCAGUGGUAUUGGCAUCAUACUCACGAAAUCAAACUCUAGUAGCACUGGCCUCGAAUGGCCGGAUGUGCAUCUACUUUGCCUUCGCUAUGACCUUCUUCAGCCUCGCCACAAUGCUGAUGCUCUUUGCAAUGGCUCUAGAACGGUGCCUUUCCAUAGGUUAUCCUUACUUCUACGAGCGCUGCAUCACCUGGCGCCUUGGGUUAGUGGUACUGCCAGGCAUCUAUAUCUUUUCUCUGCUUUUUUGCUCUUUCCCGUUGCUGGACAACGAGCAGUUUGUGCAGUAUUGUCCUGGGACCUGGUGUUUCAUCAAGCAUGAACAGUCCCCUUUUUUGCAGAUAUAUGCCACGGUGUUACUGCUUCUCAUUGUUUCAGUGUUACUCUGCAACCUCAGUGUCAUCCUCAACCUAGCCCGCAUGCACUACCGAAGAAAAAGCAUUGGCGGGGUGCCCCCCCUUGACAGAGGCAGGGGUAGUCCAGGGAUCCUCAAGAAAGGGGAAAGAAUGUUCAUGUCAGAGGAGACAGACCAUCUCAUCCUUCUCGCUAUUAUGACCAUCACGUUUGUGAUCUGUUCAUUACCAAUUACGAUUUAUGCAUAUUUGACUGAACCUUCCUCCAGGGAGAAAAAAUGGGAACUACAAGCACUUCGAUUUUUAUCAAUUAACUCAAUAAUUGAUCCUUGGAUAUUCGUCAUUCUUAGGCCUCCAGUUCUGAGGCUGAUGCGUUCAAUACUAUAUUGUGAAAUUUCAUUGAAAGCACAAGAUGCUCCACCAACAUAGUGACCUUUAUGCAUAAUGGUUACCAAUAUCACAAAACACCUGGAAAUCAAAUUUGAAAUAGUUCCUUGGGGAUAUGGAGAAAAAUAAAAGGGGAAGGAAAAAGAUAGGAGAAAAGAGAGGAAAGAAAAAGAUGAGAGAGAAAAGGAAAAGAAAAAGGAGAGAAGAGGAAAAGAAAGUGCUUAAUGCUUCUUUAGUAAACAAAAAUAACUUUGAACAAUAGACUAGACUACAAAUCCGUUGAAAGGCUGUGUGAAAUUUUCCCAAAGGGAUUCAGAAAAUCUUUCUAGAGUAAGUAAAUUGUGUGGACUUUAGGGAAAAAAAUAAACACCAGCAACUGAAAAUCUUGAUGCAAACUUGGUGACUAUAUUCAGUUACCUUUAAAUUUCAGUUUUCCUUUGAAUUAAGAAUACAGGGGGCAGCAGGGGGGCUCAGUGGAUUGAGAGACACGCCUAAAGACAGAAGGUCCUUGUUUCAAAUCUGGCC